AUGCUUGUCCCCAACCUGAUCGUGGCAGGUCUGGCCACUGUCGUCGCCGGCAUUGCCAUUUCGCACAGGAGCAAAAUCACCACCGGAGCCGUUUGUGUCGCUUUUGUCAACGCCACCAGUCCUGACGAGAAGUUGGCCAAUUUCAUCGUAUCCCGGACGUCGCUAGAGACAUAUCUCGGUGCCACCGCGCGCAUCUGGGCAUUUGAGAAGGACACACCGCAGAAGAGUGCGUCGUCGCUGCAAGACCAAGUGUCUGAAGACUGGCCUAGCUCUGGUCGACUCUCUUUCGACAACGCCUGGGCUACGUACGAGGAUAAAACACCUGAGCCGACUUGGACGCUCCAGGGAGUCAGCUUUUCAGUGUAUCCCAGAGAGCACGUUGCCGUCUGCGGCUCCACGGAAUCAGGGAAAUCCUCAUUGUGUCUGUCACUCAUGGGCAUGAUCCCGGUGCCUGUGGAGAGCCAUUACCGUUGA